AUGGCCGCCAAUGGACUGGGGAUAAAUCUGGUUCCGAAUCAAAAUAUCGGUAUUAUACCUUGGCCUCAUCCUGCCAAUGAAAUGUCGCAGCUUGACGCGAUAAUUUCAGACACAGACGACACAAUUCUAGCUGGAAUGAGUGAAAUACUAGAGGCUUAUAUUCGAAGAUCUGGGCAUCGUGGUCUUUCUCGUGUAAAUGUACUCAGAAUUUCCAGAAUUCUAGCUGCAACAUAUCAAGCACCUGACAAGCCGAAAACUACCAAGAGCGCUCUGGCGCCCCUCAGCGGAGGCUAUGACAUUGAUGACCAGAAAAACUUUAACAAGAUCGUCUCCAUUAACGUAGGAACUGGAAAACAACGAGUCCAAUUCACAGCAAUUGCUGGAUUAUUGGCCACGCAAGCCGAAUAUUUCAAACCUCUUUGUUCUGGUCUAUGGAAAUGUGGUCGUGAAAGUAUCAUCUCACUCGAAGAUUAUCAACCUGAAAGUUUCGAAAUGUUCCUUGCAUGGCUCUACACUAAGGAUAUUAGAAAUGCUAAAUGUCUGGGAAAGAAUACCACCCGUAGUAAUACUCACUUUCGAACACAAGCCCAUAAGUAUAAAUGGUUCCAGUUACUUCGUUGUUAUUUUCUCGCCGAUUAUAUCGGAGCAUCGAAAUUCGCCAAUUAUAUGAUGGAUGCAUUAACCUUGGCCUAUAGAGAAUGGGUGCGCGAUGGAUUUGUCAAGUCGGCGAAAGAUCCACUUUUCAACAAGACAGAGGAGACUCGAAAGCUGGUGAAUAACAACACAGUCGAAUCAUCACCGCUACGAGCUCUAAUCAAGGACAUACUAUUUCCUUCUGUUGAAGAGAGACGAGUUUCCGUUACCAUUAACCGACGUCCCAGAGCACCCCCUUCUUUUCGUAGAACCAGACGCGGAAUUCAUAAUCCCUUAGUGCUGAAUCCUUUAUUUCUGCCUCAUGGCCAGAAUAUUCAAUUUCCAAACGAUGGAACGGCUCCGCAUCCAAACUUUCAACCUGGUCAUCCACUGUUUACUUCUAAUUUUCUGCCAACUACUCUGAAUGCGCAUCCCCCGCCACCAACUGUCCACCAUAUGCACAACGCUGCACCUUCAUUAUCCACUGGAAUCGCAGCUGCCCCACACUUUCACCCUCAUCCACCGCCAACUCAUCCUCAUAACAUUCCAAUAUUCCAUCCGAUUCCUCAAGGAGGUCCAUUUCAUGCUGGCAAUCACCACCUUCCAAUCUCUCACCGCGCACCUUCUCUACAUCAUAUUCCCCACAAUCCCUUCGCCAAUCACUACAAUAUUCGAAACCAACAUCCUUUUCUCUCGCCAAUGCCCCUCCCACCUCGACCUACGCUCCGUUCUCGUUUUCUCAAAGCAAUGAAGUUUGGAAGAGACGAAGUGAAGGUCGAUUCGGAAAGCGUUGCUAUUGAGUUUAAGGAAUGGGAGAAGGCGUCAAUGGUUUGGGAACAUGAGAGAUGUAGAUAUCAUAUUCAUGCUAUGGGGAAGGAUUGUCGAGAUGAGGAGUAA